AUGGCACCCAAGGACGAGCAGCAUUCGUCACAGGAGUCCAACUGGGGAGAGACAUCCCAAAGCUCCCUCACCGCCCUACAGCCGUCAACACAGAGCCUACGAGAUAGCAGCACCGCCGCUUCUCACCGCCCAACGUCGCGACCUGAAUCGGUCUUUGCGCCCGAAGACACUCGCGCUCAGACGUACAACCCAUUUCCCAAGCCUGAUGGUCCCAAGAAGAGAGGACCUUUAAACUAUGGUAAGNUCCUACAAGACGUGGCUGCCUGCCCAUCAUGCUCUCGCUUCCCGGUUCUGACACGUGCAGGAUCCAUGGCCUCCUCCUUCACAAGGCCGUCUCUGAACUCGCCCCAGCCCUCAACUCGCGGUACCCCUAAAAAGCCUCCUCUCGGAAAACGCACUACAUCAGCCGGACCCAAGCGCGGACAGGAGUUCUCAGUCGACGACGAUGUGAACGAGGUUCAACAGGACAAGGCUUCAUCAUCGUCCAGCCAUGUCCUGAAUCCAAAGCCUUCCACCCUCCGAAGGCGCCCGACAGCCCAGCCACCACAACUACCAAGAGUCGAGUCAGAUGAGCGAGAGGACAACACACAAUCCAGGCCCCAAACGGCCGAGGCAAACAGACAGGCCGACUCUGACGACACAGAGACCACACUGCAUAUGGAGGAAGAGGAGGAAGGUUAUACUUCUGCCAAAGACCAGGACGACGAGAAUGAUAACGAAGAUGACGACGACGACGAUGCUGACCUUAGCGAUGCCGAGAGUUUCACGCUCAAGGAUAGACAAGAGGCCAUCAACGAGACACACCCUUUCGGUAUCCGUAUCUGGAAGCCGGCCUUGUACAAGAAGAGUCGCUCUGUCCAAGUCACAGCCGAAGGAGACAUUCACCAAACCCCUGGUCACCAUGUCAGCCUCGGCUUGUUAUUCUUCAACCUUCUCUGGACUCUCAUAUUCGGAUGGUGGCUUGCCUUGCUUUGCGCUGUUGGAUCUCUUGUUUGCUUUGCUCUACGCUUCACUCCAGGCUGCCGGGAAUACGGCUAUGUGUUAUGGCAACUCGCUGGCUACAUCUUCUACCCCUUUGGAAAGUAUGUCAUGCUUGAGCACGAUGAAGCCUACCUGGAUGAGGAUUCAGGCGAAGGUCGCAGCAUCUCCGAAUAUGAGCGAUGGCAGACUGGUGACCUUGAAGAGGGUCGCCUGUUCUUUGGUCCAACAGAUAUCAACCGUUCUCUGAUUGGCCGUAGAAGAGACAGUGUCGAGACCACCCCCGACGAGACUGAUAGCUUACUCGGUCGCCCUGGUAGACGCUCUAGCGGAGACAAACAAGAAUCAAAGUCGAGACUCUUUGGUCGUGGAAAGUGGACCGUGGGAAGAAUCAUCUUCUUCGCAGUAUUCUGGGGCUUCAUUACUCCUUCGCUUUGGCUCAUCUCGGGACUCUGUUGGUUCCUCGUCUUCACCAUCCCUAUGGGCAAGGUCACGCUUCUCUUGCACCAUCACUUGAGGAGACACCCGCUAGCUCUGUCUUUCCACUCCGACACCCACGAUGCCAACCGUGGGCCAAAUGAUACCCCUUCAAGCGUUCUCCUCUGCACGUAUCGUGCUGUUGGAAGCAGGUACUGGAAGUAUACCAUUGACGGCACUAACAUCUUCCUCAUCAACUUGUUGAGCAUGGUUGCUUUUGCCAUUUUCGAUUUCUACGUCCUCAGGGAAUAUCUGGAGCUCGACNCUUUUAUCGCCUCCUCUGGUUUCAUCUUCAUCCUUGGCCUGUUCUCCAUCAUCCCCUUGGCCUACUUCAUCGGUCAAGCUGUUGCUUCGAUCUCUGCACAAUCAUCCAUGGGCGUGGGUGCUACUAUCAAUGCCUUCUUCUCCACCGUCGUCGAGGUUUUCUUGUACUGUGUUGCUCUCAACCAAGGUAAAGCUCAGCUGGUCGAAGGAAGUGUCAUUGGUAGUAUCUUUGCCGGUAUCCUGUUCCUUCCGGGCAUCUCGAUGUGUUUUGGUGCCAUCAAGCGCAAGACUCAGCGCUUCAAUGUCAGAUCUGCAGGCGUCACAUCGACAAUGCUGCUCUUUGCCGUCAUCGGUUCCUUUGGUCCUACCCUGUUCUACCAGAACUAUGGUAGUCAUGAACUUGUCUGCCACCAGUGUGUCAGAGGAGACGACGCCAAAGGAGACAGGGAUUGCAGACGUUGUUACUUCAAUCAGGUCCCUGCCACCAACGAUCGCUUUUUCCUUGAAGCAGUGCGCCCGUACAUCUGGUUCUGCGCCUUCUUCCUCUUCAUGUCAUAUCUCAUCGGUCUCCUCUUCACUCUGCGUACCCAUGCAGCAGUGAUCUGGAAUAAUGAGCUCGACGAGAAGAAGCUGGAAAAGAUGGAACAUCAGGCAUUGCACAUUGAAGCUAGACAUGGCAGCAUUCCCGAAACCAUCGUUGUCAACCCUCACGCACACAUGAGCCGCAACAGCACUGUAGGCACCAUUGGUACCAUAUCUCGCGGAAACAUACAAGAAUCACAACUAUACAAGCGGAUCCUCGGCCAAUCACUAAAGCAGGCUGGCUUUGGAAGUACUGCGCCUAGCGAGCAGCACUCCCCCGACAAGACUACAGCUCCUCCCUUCGGCGGUCCUACGCAUCUCGUGCCUCCCAAGUCUAGUGAGGAAGAGGGCGACAAGAUCCAACAGCGUAAGCUACGUAUUCCUGGUCUCUCUGCGGAAGACAAUACCGCUUUGGUGCGUCAAGUCGCAGAGAUGGCAGCAACUGCAGCAACCGUGGCCGCCCGUGAUGCGACCAACGCUCCGCGUAAGGCUUCUCUGAUGGCCAACACCCGCGCUGGCAGUGUGAAGCACCAUGGCUCCAUUUCCUCUUCAAUCGGUCAUUCGGCUCACGCAACUAAGAGCGGUGCCACACCCGAAGAUGCCGGGGAAGUCCAUGGAGAAGUCCACGAGGCUUCAGCCCAUGAAUCGGGUGGUCAUGACGCACCAAACUGGAGCCGAACGAAGUCUGCGGUGAUCCUGUUGACCGCUACCCUUGCCUAUGCCGUUAUCGCCGAGAUCCUGGUCGAUACCGUUGACAGUGUCCUCGAACACAUCGAUAUUGACGAGAAGUUCCUCGGUAUCACCCUUUUCGCACUCGUGCCCAACACUACCGAAUUCUUGAACGCCAUCUCGUUUGCCAUGAACGGAAACAUUGCGCUGUCGAUGGAGAUUGGUUCUGCCUACGCACUUCAAGUGAUGCUUUUGCAAGUACCGGCUUUGGUUCUUUACUCUGGUGUUUGGGCACAGUGGAUGGAGCCCGAUCAAGUUGCUGCUCAUACAUUCAACCUGAUCUUCCCACAGUGGGACAUGGUGACCAUCAUCCUUGGCGUGUUCUUGAUGGGUUGGGUUGUUGGAGAAGGCAAGAGUAACUAUUUCAAGGGAUCCAUCUUGAUCCUUGCCUACUUGACCAUCAUCAUCGGCUUCUGGUUCUCGAGCUGGAGCAGCGACGNNAGGUAUGUCCUUUCUCUCAUUUUGUCUCUUUUCUGUUUUUCGCCCCUUGCUAAUAUUUUGUGUCAACAGGGUGGCAUCAAUCGCUUCAUGGGCAUCGACCGCUUCGACACACUGGCCAUGUCAAGCAACGUCCAGACAUUCAAUACGAUUGGCAAGUCCACACGAGGACAGGCUUUUGGUUGA